AUGGCUUUUGUACCUGAAAUAAAGAAGCCACACGCUCUUUUGAUUCCAUUUCCAAUACAAGGUCACAUAAACCCGUUUCUAAAAUUAGCAAAGCUCCUCCACAGCAAAGGUUUCCACAUAACCUUUGUCAACAGUGAGUUCAACCACAAACGCUUGCUCAGGUCAAGAGGCCCUAAUGCUCUCAAUGGUUUGCCAGAUUUCCACUUUGAGACCAUCCCAGAUGGUCUCCCUCCUACCAACAUUGAUGCAACUCAAAGCAUACCUGAUCUUUGUGACUCUACCAGAAACAACUCUUUUGUCCCAUUCAUCAACCUUAUCUCAAAACUUAAUGACACUAAGGCUUCUCAUGAUGCUCCUCCAGUGACUUGUAUAAUCUCAGAUGGUAUCAUGUCCUUCACAAUUAAAGCUUCUCAGCAAUUUGGGUUACCCAACAUACUCUUUUGGACUCACAGUGCUUGUGGUUUCAUGAGCUUCAAAGAAUGCAAGAAUCUCAUGGAGAGAGGCCUAACACCACUUAAAGAUGCUAACUAUCUGACAAAUGGGCAUCUAGACACCAUCAUAGAUUGGAUCCCUGGCAUGAAGAAUAUUACUCUGAGGGACCUUCCUGGUAUCUAUCGUACCACAGAUCCAAAUGAUAUACUUUUGGACUUUGUAGUAGAACAAGUUGAAGCAGCUUCAAAAGCUUCUGCUAUUAUUCUGCCAACUUUUGAUGCCUUAGAGCCUGAUGUGCUGAAUGCACUCUCCACAAUGUUUCCUAAACUUUACAGCGUAGGCCCGCUAGAGUUGCUUCUUGAUCAAACUUCAGAGAGCAGAUUUGAAUCUAUUAAAUGUAAUUUGUGGAAAGAAGAGUCUGAGUGUCUCAAAUGGCUGGAUUCACAGGAACCCAAUUCUGUUCUCUAUGUCAAUUUUGGCAGUGUUAUAGUCAUGAGUCCUCAACAACUUGUUGAAUUCGCUUGGGGAUUGGCAAAUAGCAAGAAAAACUUCUUGUGGGUGAUUAGGCCUGAUUUAGUUAAGGGUGAGGCCUCAAUUGUGCCACCAGAAAUUGUAGCAGAGAUCAAAGACAAAGGUCUAAUGGUGGGUUGGUGUCCUCAAGAGGAAGUUCUAAAGCACCCAUCAGUGGCUGGGUUUUUGACUCACUGUGGUUGGAAUUCCACACUUGAAAGCAUAUGCAAUGGGGUGCCUCUGAUCUGUUGUCCAUUUUUCAAUGACCAAAUUCUCAAUUGCAGGUAUAUUUGUGGUGAAUGGGCUUUUGGUAUGGAGAUGAAUGGUGAUAAUGUAAAAAGGGAUGAAGUGGAGAAGCUUGUGAGGGAGUUGAUACGGGGUGAAAAGGGUAAGGAGAUGAAGAAAAAAGCCAUUGAGUGGAAGAAAUUAGCAGAAGAAGCCACCAACACUAAUGGUUCAUCCUUUUUGAAUUUGGAAAAACUGGUAAAUGAAGUGCUGCUUUUCAAGAAUUAG